AUGGAGGAGCAAAUCGCUAAACUACAAACAAAAUUGAAGCUUUUGAACUUUACAGCUAAAAAGACAGAUUCUACCAUCGCCAAAGCAGACAUCGAAGUCUCGGAAAGACUACGUUCAUCGAUAAAGUCCGUAAGCGACGUUAAAGAAACAAUCGAAGAACAGAAGUUUAAAUCUGGGGCAACCGUGGAAAAUGUUAGCGAAUGGAGCGACGAAAUCGAACAACAAAUUGAAUUCGCAGACGAAUAG